AUGGAACCAGAAACCCGCCAAAUAGCGCAUCAAGAUGUGCUCAAAGAUACUUUCCAACGUAAACCAGUCACCAAGCCAGACUCACAGGUCGAAAUUCUGGAUCUGGAGGAACUUAAAGACUUCCAAGGACGCAAGAGAAGCGAAUUCGAAAAUGUGCUGAAAGUCAAAAGACUCGAUAUCAAGCAGUGGAUUCGAUACGCACAAUUUGAGAUCGAGCAGCAUGAUCUGCGAAGAGCCAGAUCUGUGUUUGAACGGGCUUUGCUGGUCAAUAAUAGCCAUGUGCCGUUAUGGUUGAGAUACAUCGAUUGCGAAUUAAAAUCAAAGAACGUAAACCACGCCAGAAACUUACUUGAGCGAGCUACAAAUCUACUGCCGCGGGUUGAUAAGCUGUGGCUCAAAUAUGUGAUUGUUGAGGAAUCGUUAGGAAAUGUCGCUGUCGUGAGAAGACUGUAUGGAAAGUGGUGCUCUUUACAACCAGGCAGAAAUGCGUUCGAUGCUUUUGUAGAAUUUGAAAUCCGGUACCAAGAGUUUGAAAAUGCGCGAAAAGUGUACGCUCGCUACGUCUUGGUGUAUCCCGGCGUCGAGACGUGGCUCAAAUGGGUCAAUUUCGAAAAGAAGCAUGGAACGCUGAUUACUACACGACAAGCCCUGUCCCUCGGGCUAGACACCCUUGCUCUGUAUGAAUCCACUCCCGAAAGAGAUAUUGCAACGUUCGUUAGUGCUUUCGCUGAAUGGGAAGCUACCCAACAGGAACAUGAACGUGCCAGCGCUUUGUAUCAAUUGGCAAUGAAUAAAUGGCCUAGUAACGAAUUGUUAGCCUCGGCGCACGUCCAGUUCGCAAAAAUGUACAGCACAAGCUCUGCGUUGGACGAGUCUAUCAUGGAUAAGCGUAAAAGGGAGUACAGAAGCUCCCUGGCCGAAAACUCGAGUGACUACGACCUUUGGUGGCUUUACCUUGACCUGCUUCAAAAACACUUUCCUCAUGAACUCCCGGACGAACUUGAAAGGUCAGUAAUAGACAAUAAUCCUGAAGACCAAAAUAAGAGCCUGAGUUGGCGAAGGUAUAUCUUCCUAUGGAUUCGGGUGCUCACCUACUUUGAACUACAUAUGAGAGAUCUAGGGAAGACUAAAGACCUAUUUGAAAAACUCACAAAGGAGAUUAUACCAAACAAGCGAUUUACAUUUGCCAAGGUGUGGAAUUUAUAUGCCAAGUUUGAACUGCGGCAGGGACAUCUGACAGCAGCUCGUAAGCUCCUGGGAUAUGCGCUGGGGACUUGUCCAAAAAACAGAAUAUACAAAAACUACAUUGAGCUCGAAAUACGCUUGAAAGAGUUUGAUCGCGUAAGAAAACUCUAUGAGCAAUACAUUGCCUAUGACCCUACAGCUGUUGAAACCUGGGUGAACUAUGCUGAACUUGAAGAGAAUCUUGGUGACGACGAAAGAGCUCGGGCGAUUUACCGCUUAGCUGCUUCAGAAGAGGUUGGUCUCGGUCAUGAGAAACGCAUCGAGGUAAUGAGGAAGCUUAUCAGCUAUGAGACCACCGAGGGCGAGUUUGCUAGGGCUUCAAGUGCUUACAAAGACCUCUUGCAGCUGAGCUCUUACGAUUCAGGUGUGUGGAUAGAAAUGGCUCUUUAUGAAAGUUCAAUACCGACUGAAGAACAACUUCUCAUGGAAGUUGAUGCUUCUUCAGCAUCAGAUGAAGAAGAAGGAACACUGGAAGUUACAGAGAAGCACAAGCAAAGUACCAGGCAAGUUUUCGAGCAGGCUAUCUCCUAUUAUAGAAAUAAGUCCGAUAAACAGGGUAGACAGGCUGUCCUAAGGGCUUUGAGCAACUACGAAGAGGUGCACGGUACGGCUGAAAGUCAACGUAAGGUCAAGGAAAGGCUACCAGUGGUAAAAUACAAAACGAAACUCGAAGGGGGUAUCGAAGUAGAGUAUCUCGACUUAGAAUUCCCUGAUGAUAGCGAGAACCAUCUAGCGACAGAUAAAAAGUCGAAAUUACUUGCUAUGGCCCAAAAAUGGCAGCAAGAGAAAAAGUCCUCUUAG